AUGAGUAGCGAGAGGCAAAGUUACAGCAACAACGAGAAGCUCACAGUUCUGGCGGACUACGAGAAAGGUGUUAUAGGAUAUGGCUUCGUAGCUCUUAGCGCUAAGUACAACGUGCCGGUGGAGACAUUCCGAGGGUGGCACGAAGUCGAAGACCAACUGAAAGCCGCCGCCAAGAACCGCCAAGUUGCAAUUCGCGUGUCGCGGUGGUUUCGUCUUAGUGGGGCUGGGCACAAACCAGCGCGCUCAGAGGUCAAGGAAAGGCUUUAUGAGUGGGUUACGGCUCGUAAUGCAAAAGAUCUUCGCGUCAAAGACGCGCACAUUCGUCCACAGGCAAUGAACAUCUCUCGGUUGCGCAUAGUGACGACGCUGCCGGCUUUGAGACCUCUUCAGGCUGCUUGUCCAGGUUCAAGAGACGCCGAAACCUCGUCUCCCGCCGCCAGACAACGUCACAAUCGCUUCCAGCUGAUGCACCUCAGAUCUACCGUUAAUUCAUUCAGCAGGCCCAGUACCUCAUCGAAAAAGCAUAAUAUCUAG